CUUUCAUCCUUGAAAGAGCAUCGGAAGCCAUCGAAAGGCGCACCUUUGAAGUGAUCCAGAAAGUUCUGAGUAUGCCUUCAUUAAACUCCCUGGAAUCACUCCCCUUCCCAAACUUCGAAGGCCGAACAUUCGAGCAAUUCAUUUCCUACCUCGAUAGAAACGUUCAACACGAUUUCGAAACGUUCCCACCGGAAGACGAACAACGACGUACCCAACAGACCAAAUGCCGAGACGAUUUCGCACAGUUUAAGAAAAAACUCAGAACAGCCGCUCACUUCGCUUACUGGACUGGAGUCAUGGAGAUUAGAUCACUGUUGCAUGAAGAAAGUCGACGCCUGGAGCGUUUGAGCACUUUGAAAGUUGAGGCAAAAACGUGCCACGGAGAAAAAUGUGACGAGAUCGCAUUGGAUUCGUUCUAUUUGAAAGGAAUUUUCUUCGGCUACGCUGAUAAGGCUGAAGACAUUUACGCGAGUAUCGCCAACGGAACGGCUAUUGAAAACAUGUUCCGUGAGGUUUACGAUGCUGACUUAUUGGAUAGUGAAUCCAAUAUGAUCGAGAAGCUUAGACAUUGCAUACUCGGUGACCGUCAAGGCAAUUUUAACGAGUGGAUUCCCACUCGCCACCAUUCAGUGAAGGGUGAACGGCAGUAAAAUUCAUCUAAAAAAAAGACCGUUAUUCGUUAUUCGGAUCCACAAAUAUAGCUCAUCGGAGUGCUGCGCAAACUGCCUCGUACACGGAGAGGAAAAAUAGUAAGAAUUACUAUGCCGCCAUAGUGUCAGGGUUCUAUAUCACCCAUUUUGUCAUUUUGGAGGUUUUUACCAAAAACUUAGUAAUUUUCGUGUCGUUUCCAAAUGAAAGUUUCUCAAUGCUUAUUUUACAGUUGAGCACAAUAAAAUGCCAAGAGCUCAAAUCCAAGUAUCGCCGAUCCACCGAAAUGUUUGAAAAUUUACUAUGGUACAUAGCAGAAUUUCAUUCGCCUUUGAAUAUUCACAUGGAGAGAAAAAAAUUGUAAAAAUUACUACGACACCAUAGUGUUAGGCUUUUAUGUCGUCAAUUUUGGAGGUUUUUGCCAAAAACGUUGUAAUUUCCAAGUGAAUUCCGAAUAAAAACUAUCAUAUUGCGUAUUUUGCUCUGACAAAGGUUUAAACGGUGAUGAACUGUAAAGUAGAAUUAUUAAUGCUACGAUUAGUAUUGUUUUCACAACCGAAAUUUGAGGAGGUCGAACACAAGCAUCGAUGAUCCGUCAAAGUGUUUAGAAAUUUACUAUGGUAAAAAGCAACAUUUCAUUCACGCUGUUUAGAAAUUUAUUAGCAAAAUAUAUUGAGAUUCUUUUUGACUUGCCCUCUGGAGAGAAACCAUCGUUAACCUCCUUUACGCCCAAUAACGACGAGUAUUAUGUCGAGAGUAUACAAAAAAAAAAAAAUCGAAGGACAAAGAAUUUUAAAAUUUCAUUGAAAUGAUUCACAAAAAGUUCGAAG